AUGAAUGAGAACGUUCUACAGAAUGCUCUGUCCGGUCUAGCAAACGGUGGAGUCGAACUCCUCCCAGGGAACAAAGUCCCCGACUUAGAAUAUGCUGAUGACAUCGCCUUGCUGGGUGACAAUACGCAGGCAGUCCAGAAUGCUUUGAACUGCUUGGCGAUCGAGGUGUCCAGAUAUGAGUCCGCCAUUCCCGACCACGUGUAUCGAUGUGAUUCCCAAGGCACAAUCUCGUCCACGGAAAUGCCAGAGGAUGAAGCCCGUCUUUCUGAUUGUAAUGCCACGGUGGAACCCGUCGAAUCCACUUUACGUGCUCCUGCCACACUGACAUCCACCCCUACCUCAACCGCUUCGUCUGUUUCGAUGGAUAUGGAAGGUAGUAUGGUCUUAUCUGAUCCGGAAGUUGAGCGUUAUUCUACCCUAAAUCGUCAUCAUCAUCGGCGGCGAACAAAAGGAGACGGUGGAACACGAACUAUGCGUCCGAAUCACAAUGUGCGUCACAGUUCUGCGCAUCGUGCACCUUGUCGUGUGAUUGUUCGUCAACCGGUGAUUGAUCUUAGUCAAAUGGUACUGGUCCCAUUUGAUGCCGAAGCAUGGUCCGGUCCGGUUCUGAAACCUCGUUCUGCUCUCACUGCAUCCGAGAGAGCGCAACUGGUUGAUCCAUAUGGUUUGACUCAAUUCGAUACGACUGGUGGGUCUGAUAAGAAAUGUGGGGGGACGAAAGAUUUGGUUUCACGAAAUCGACGUCUGUUUUCCGGAAAACCGAACGAGAAAUCGCGUAACAGAUGCGAUUCCACACCGUCCUCCUGUAUGACCGAGGGGAAUUUGACGGUACACACUGGCUCGUCUAUUCAUGACCACUCAAGCAAGGUUGCUACCUUGCACUAUGAUUCGGACAGUGGAGCAAGUCAUCAGUACAUGGACAUCACUAUGAAGCUUGAACGGUACGUGGGUCUGGCAGUGUUGAUGAGUUCAACGAAACGAUUUAAAGCGAGACCCGGAUAUCUGCAAGCUGUAUUUGGACAAGUUGAAUCGCAAAGGACUGAGGGCAUACGCCUGGUCAAAAGCGGAACCCAAAGACGUUCUACUCAUCCAGAUGUCACAGAAACAACGGCGGGACUGCCGAGUACAAGAGGCUUGUCAACAACACAACCACGUCACUCCCAUUCCGGGGCUACGUUGGUGACUCCAGCCGGCGAUCAGUCUAACAAGCCGCUUGACAGAGAAAUUGGGCGAACUGGACCCACUUCGGCGGAUGAGAAGUGUGAAAUGAAACCAGCUCCAGCGGAACCAGUGAGCGUAACCAGCCUGAAAACUACCGUUGGUCCGGUACAAGCCAAACUGUCCGAAUACUGCAUUUUGAAUAGCAGGCCAUCCCAUAUGCACCACGUUUAUCAUCUGGCUCGGGAAGCGCAAUCACAAACCAGUCCGCUAUCUCAGUCACCGGUGAAACAAACGACAACCAAUGUGACUUCCCCUGAUCCCGAAGCGAAUCGCACUAACCCGCACACUCGAACGCAGACCUACGCGGAUCUGGCGUUUACGGAUGAUCCAGUGACAACAACCAAUCGGGGGACUCGAGUGUCUAGCCAGUCGGUGGAGGUCCAGACCAUGCUGAGCAAGAGCACGGUGAAUCGGCUGUAUGAUACCGAUGUGAGCUCGUGUUCCACCGCCUACGAAUCGGUGAUGGAAUUCCUCACGGCCACGGAUGAUUCGACCUCUCCCAAGCUGAAAACCAGUCGGUAA